AUGCCAGCCCAGUAUCCCCUCAGUCCUCACCUCACGCGCCUGUCCAACCUCAUGCAGUUCAGUCCCAUGCUCUACCUCACUGGUCUCCCUGGACUGGAAGCCAUGCAGCCCUGGAUUUUCAUCUUCCUUUUCCUUCUGUACCUCGUGGCCAUCUCAGGCAACUGCCUCAUCCUCAUGAUCAUCAAGACCACCCCUCACCUGCACACCCCCAUGUACCUCCUCCUCUCCUUUCUGGCCCUCAUGGACCUGGGCCUGUCCGUGUCCACCCUGCCCACCACGAUGGGCAUCUUUUGGUUCAACUCGCGUGGCAUCUACUUUGGAGCCUGCCAGAUGCAGAUGUUCUGCAUCCACUCCUUUUCCUUCAUGGAGUCCUCAGUGCUGCUGGUCAUGUCCUUUGACCGCUUUGUGGCCAUCUGCUACCCCCUCAGGUACUCGGUCCUCAUCACUGGCCAGAGAGUGGUCAGGGCCGGCCUGGUUGUCAUCCUCCGGGGACCUGUAGCCACUGUGCCCAUUGUUCUCCUCCUGAGGACGUUUCCCUACUGUGGGUCUCGCGUCCUCUCCCAUUCGUUCUGUCUACACCAGGAGGUGAUACACUUGGCCUGCACGGACACCACCUUCAACAACCUGUACGGGCUGACGCUGGUCAUGUUCACUGUGGUGCUGGACCUGGUGCUCAUUGCUCUGUCCUACGGCGUCAUCCUGCACACGGUGGCGAGACUGGCCUCCAAAGAGGAGCGGCUCCGAGCCUUCCAAACCUGUCCUUCGCACCUCUGCGCUGUGCUGGUGUUCUUUGUGCCCAUGGUGGGGCUGUCCCCGAUUCACCGCUUUGGGAAGCAGGCGCCACCUGCCGUCCACCUUUUUAUGGCCAACGUCUACCUCUUUGUGCCCCCCGUGCUGAACCCCAUCAUAUACAGUAUUAAGACCAAGGAGAUUCGCCAUGUCCUCUGCAAGCUCCUGGGUCUUAGAAACCAGGGCUGA